AUGACCAACUGCUGCUCCCCUUGCUGCCAGCCCACCUGCUGCAGGACCACCUGCUGCAGAACCACCUGCUGGAGACCCACCUGCGUGACCAGCUGCUGCCAGCCCUGCUGCCAGCCCAGCUGCGGCAGCACCAGCUGCUGCCAGCCCUGCUGCCAGCCCAGCUGCGGCAGCUCCAGCUGCUGCCAGCCCUGCUGCCAAACUACCUGCUGCACAACCCGCUUCAGACCCACCUGUGUGACCAGCUGCUGCAGCAGACCCAGCUGCCAGCCCUGCUGCUGUGUGUCUAGCUGCUGCCAGCCCUGCUGCCAGCCCAGCUGCUGUGAGUCUAGCUGCUGCCAGCCUUGCUGCCAGCCCAGCUGCUGUGAGUCUAGCUGCUGCCAGCCCCGUUGCUGUGAGUCUAGCUGCUGCCAGCCCUGCUGCCAGCCCAACUGCAGUGAGUCUAGCUGCUGCCAGCCCUGCUGCCAGCCUCGCUGCUGUGAGUCUAGCUGCUGCCAGCCUUGCAGCCAGCCCAGCUGCUGCCAGCCAGUUUGCUCGGGACCUGUGUACUGCACAAGAACCUGCUACUACCCCACAUGUGUCCGUGUGCCUGGUUGUCUGUCCCAGGGCUGUGGAUCCAGCUGCUGCCAGCCCUUAUAUAUAACCCCUCAGAAUCAAAGAAGCUCUCAGAAUCUGGGAAUCUCCUCUGGGAACAGAAGCCCAUUCUCCACACCUGCUACCAUGACCAACUGCUGCUCCCCUUGCUGCCAGCCCACCUGCUGCAGGACCACCUGCUGCAGAACCACCUGCUGGAGACCCACCUGCGUGACCAGCUGCUGCCAGCCCUGCUGCCAGCCCAGCUGCGGCAGCUCCAGCUGCUGCCAGCCCUGCUGUCAAACUACCUGCUGCACAACCCGCUUCAGACCCACCUGUGUGACCAGCUGCUGCAGCAGACCCUGCUGCCAGCCCUGCUGCUGUGUGUCUAGCUGCUGCCAGCCCAGCUGCUGUGAGUCUAGCUGCUGCCAGCCCAGCUGCUGUGAGUCUAGCUGCUGCCAGCCCUGCUGCCAGCCCAGCUGUUGUGAGUCUAGCUGCUGCCAGCCCUGCUGCCAGCCUCGCUGCUGCGAGUCUAGCUGCUGCCAGCCCUGCUGCCAGCCCAGCUGCUGUGAGUCUAGCUGCUGCCAGCCUUGCGGUCAGUCCAGCUGCUGCCAGCCAGUUUGCUCGGGACCUGUGUACUGCACAAGAACCUGCUACUACCCCACAUGUGUCCGUGUGCCUGGUUGUCUGUCCCAGGGCUGUGGAUCCAGCUGCUGCCAGCCCUGUAGCUGUUGA